AUGCGUAAAAUUGUCAUAAACACCGAUCGUGGAGGUUUAAUUACGUAUCAUGGUCCCGGACAGCUCGUAGUCUAUCCGAUAAUAAAUCUUCGAUGUAAAUCCUUACAAGGUCGUGGUUUAAGGUGGUAUGUUGGUGCUUUAGAGGAAGCUGGAAUUAAACUAUGUUCACAAUUUGGUGUGACUGCAUUUGCUGGUGGAGAUUCUGAAACUGGUGUAUGGAUUAAUUCUAGGCACAAAGUCAUGGCUAUUGGUAUCCGCCAGAGCAGUUCAAUAACAUAUCAUGGCAUAGCACUAAACUGCACCACUGAACCACUUUCGUGGCUAAGGCAAAUUGUUCCUUGUGGUUUAGUUGAUCGAGAUGUUACGUGUUUGAGUGAAGCUUGCGGCAAACUGUGCACACCGAAGGAAGUGGCACCUAAAAUGUCCGACUGUCUGGUUUCAAGUUUGUUCGAAUCACACAUGAACAAGCAGAGCAAGGUUAAUUACCAAUUUCGCAAUGAUAUGCCUGGCGAUCAGUAUAAUUUUAUGCUCAAUAUCAACGGCACUAAUGACGGUUGUCCAGAAUCACUUUCAGUUAGUAAAUCUUGGUCUUGUGUGUUGACAAUCAAAAAUAAUUAA